UGCGCACAUCCACUAACGCACAAAGCGCUUCUGCUCAGGUUUACUGUAAAUGACACCUCCAGUCUUACUUAUAUUACCCAUUUAAUGGACUAAAUUGCCAGGAGCUCCAGAAGCCAUAAUAUGAGGAAACGCUACAUGGACAUAGGCAGGCUACGGAAAAUGAAAAAGAUCAAACUCACAGAGAAGAUUUCCGAAAGUGCUUACUCCGUUCUAAAGUUCAUGAUUGUCUGGAUGCUGGUGCUAUUAGCUGACUUCAUUCUGGAGUUCAGACUGGAAUACCUGUGGCCUUGUUGGCUCUUUCUAGGGACCGUCUACACCACAUUCCACUGUCAUGGGCUGGCCAUCUGUGUGGUUUUUGUGUGUGCAGCAUUUACCCUGGACAUAUUCUGUUUAGUUUUUGUACCUCUACACUGGCUGUUUUUUGCAGCCAGUACAUAUGUCUUACUCAAUUAUAUGUGGCAUACAGAAAAGGGAAUUUGUAUGUCAACUGUGACAUUAUGGAUACUCUUAGUGUAUAUGGAGGGCUCUCUACAGCUGAGGGACCUGAAAAGCCCUCAUGCAAACCUGUCCCAUCUAUUUGCUGCACACUGCAUUGGUUAUCCACUGGUGUAUAUGGGAUUUGAUGCAACCUGCUACUUCUCGAGUAUUUUUAAGCUGCGCACUCAGAAGACUGUUCAGAGUGAAAAUGAACUCCACAUGGAUUUCUUGCAACAAUCCCUACCUCCUUACAUGCACCUGUACCCAAAAUUGUGGAUGGAAGAUCCCAAAUGGAAGAUGGCCAAAUCUAGGCCAACACAAUACCAGUGUCCAAAUGAUGCCGUCAUAUCAGAGGACAAACAAAGCAUGGAAGACUGCCUUCAAAUCCACAGACUUCCUGGGAGACCUGAAAGAGAUAUACACCUACAAACUCCAGGGCUCAAGCCUCGUGGAGGGGAACUUCCUUUGGACUCUACAUCCAUGCUAGAAAUUACUGAAAGCCUACCUCAGGAGGAUCAGAGCAGCAAAGCUCAAAGACCUUCCAAGAGCUCCCUGCCCAAAGUGCAAAGAGGUUCAGUUAAUACCCCUAACAGCAAAGGGGAGAAGAGGCAGAAAGCCCCCAAAGCCAUCAACUCUACAGGGGAAUCUUCCGAAAGGUGCUCACCAAACAUCUCAACUCCUCCAAACCCACAUGCUGACAAGAUAUUAAAGCUGGAACUAGAAAUGAGGAAACUAAAGGGAGAGCUGCAAGCGAGCAGACAGUGUGAGCAAGAACUGCGCAGUCACAUUUGUAAUGUUACUAACAGUGAACACAGUCUGCGCCCUGAAGUCUCUUUGCUCAGGCAUGCAAAUGAACUUCUGCAGAACAAGAUUCAGUGUCUAACAAAAUCCCGACAGAAAGACAAACAAAACAGUUCUGUGCUCGAGAAGAAAAUCAGGAUGGAAACAGAGGCUCGGGUUGCUGUAGAAAAACAACUUGCAGAAGUCAGAGCCCAAAAAUUUGAUGAAGCAAUUCUUUUACAUCGGAGUGCAUCACACAGGCAAGAACACAGUGAAACUCAAAUGUUGAGGAAAAAAGCUAAAGAUCUAGACUCAGAGUACAAACAACUACAGCUGGAAUAUCAGGAGAAAGAAAAUCGAAUGGUAGCUCUAGAGAAUGAAGUGGAGACCCUCCAGAGGAACAGAUGCACAGAGCAGGAAGCAGACGCCUUGCUCUCAGCUCUCUCCUCCUUGCAGGACAAGGCACAACAUCUAGAGUACAACCUGAGUGCAGAAACCCGCCUCAAACUGGACCUCUUCUCUGCACUCGGUGAUGCACGCAGGCAGCUGGAGAUAGCUCAAGUUAAAAUUGUGAAACAGGACCUGGAGGUAAAAGAUAUGAAACAGAAACUGGCUGAAGUGAUAGCUGUUGCUCCAGGCAUGUCAUACAUGGCCCCAAGGUCAUCUAUGCCUCAGUACCUCAAGUUCUUCAACUCCGAGCGCUACAUGCUGAAUCCCAGAGCACUCAUGUACCAGUGUCUUAAGAAAUAGAACUGGCAAGGACAAAUCGGAUGGCUUUUGAAGGAUUGUUUUUUACUCCUCUUCGACAUUCCAAUCAUGGGGCAACUUAAUUGCUACAAGGUUUGCCUAAAAACUGCAUUCUGACAAUGUCAACAGCCCCUGGUGAGUCUAUGGCCGUGUUCCUGAUGUCAGCAGAGACACUGAGGACGGUCCUAGGCGACCUUGCUUUGAGCCAAUGGUUCAAGAUGAAAAUCAAAGCUGACUGUCAAUGCACGUAGUUGCCCAGCGGAUGACCAUCAAAUACCGAGCACAAUGCCAUAAGCUACGUAAACAGCAAGCUAUCACUUUGAAGAAGUGUGAACUUGAUGGUCAUUUUAUGUGAAACAAGUAAUAAACCUUGAGGACCACAGUUCAUAAUGACAAGAUAUUUUGUUAUGAGUGUAAAAUGAAGAGGCCGUGACGACAAGCCUAUGCUCAGUCAUUCUGCGCCUCUUUAUUAACGUGAAUUCAAUUUAUAUAACAAGCCAAUAUCAAUGUAAGUGAAUAUGUGAAUAUUUAAGUGCUUUGUACUGUUUUGCAUUCUUUUUACAUUACACACGUUAUAAAGGAAGUGACCAACGCCUAAAACGUUUGUAGGUUUUCAUGUUUCUGAAAUUGUUGCCUUUUUAUGUAUCAAUGGGAUGUUUUUUUUUAUAAGAAAUUUAUUUUUCUGGCUUGACUACAUUUUUUUUUCUCUAAACCAAAAUGAAAUAAUGGUUUACUUUUAUAACUCUACUAUAAAAGAGGUGUUGGUCUGCAUGCCAAUUUAUGUAAAAUUAUUGUUUUGAAAGAGGAAAAAAAAAAAAAAGGUUUUGAUGUCUAAUUGUGCAUUUGUGCAAGGGCUGUUUUCUUCCAAUGAUUUUUGGAGCUGUAUUAA